AAAAUAAUACAAAACAAGUAGAAAAAAGCCGCAAAAUACGAAAAAAGAAGUUUUCACUUUUUCCAGACAAUUUUUAGCAAAAAACCGACAGAUACAUUCAUUCAACUUGUAAUCGUUGCAAAGCAAACUUGUAUUUCUUUUUUUUUUUCAAUAAAAUAAAGUUGUCAAUUUUAAAACAAUUCAAAAUGUUUGUGGCUAGACGCAGUUUGUAUCCAGGUGGAGUACAAUUUGUCAGAAUGUGUAGCCAAUUGGGAGAAUUGGGUAGUGGUGCUGGCAAAGGUGGUGGCGGUGGUGGUUCCAUUCGUUCAGCCGGCGGUAGCUUUGGCAAAAUGGAAGCAGCUCGUGAAGAAGAAUAUUUCUAUAAGAAGCAAAGAGAACAAUUGGAACGCUUGAAGAAUGAUCAAAUCCAUCAAGCUGAAUUCCAUCAUCAACAAAUCAAGGAACACGAAGAAGCCAUCCAACGUCAUAAGACUUUCUUGGAAAAUUUGUCCAAAAAGUAGACUUAAUUAAGUAAACUACUUACAACUACUACUCCUUAAUAGCGUUAAAACACCUAAACAUAUAUUCUUCGUUGAUAUAAGCGAACGAACAUCACUGUCAAAUGUUCCCUUUUGUGCUUAAAG